GGGAACUUUUAUGGUGAAAGAUGUAACAUGACAUGCAGUGAAUUUUGCAAGGAUGGAGUCUGUAUUCGUACAACAGGUCAAUGUAGAGAUUGUAUUCAUGGCAGAUCCGGAUUUUUCUGUGAAACAAAAGUUACAGAAAAUAAUCCCAGUGCAGAUAGUAACAUUUCCAUAACUGUGAUAGCAGUCGUUACAUUAUUUGUGUUUAUUACCUUGAUGAUCAUGGCGUUGCUAAUCUGUGUAUUGAAGAGGAAAUGCAAGUCCUCUCAUUCAAACAAUAAAGAACAAAAUUACGAAACCAUCAUGAGAACAAAAGACAGUAACGAGUAUAGUCAAAUUCAGCACGACAUUCCUAAUGAUAAUACUGCGAUUGAGACGACUCACUAUAUGGAGAUAAAUAGCACAGAUAUCACGGGAAGGACAGAGUACAUCAACUUUGGUUUUAAGCCAUAACUUCUAUAU